AUGAUGCACAUGACCUUCUACUGGGGCACCAGCGUCACUCUGCUAUUCGAUUCAUGGAAGACGGACUCAUUGUUCAGUUACUCCCUCACCUUAAUCGCUUGCCUCCUUUUCUCCGUCUUCUACCAAUACAUGGAAGAUCGCCGUCUCCGAUUCAAGCUCCUCUCUUCCUCCGCCGUUAGCAACAACACCGAUGGAGCUGUGGACGCCACUCCUCUCCUUAAAACCAAGAUAUUCGCCCGCGGUGGCCGGUGGAGUCUAGGGAGGUUUACCGGAUCCGUACUCUUCGGGAUUAACUCCGCGCUUGGUUACUUCCUUAUGCUCGCGAUCAUGUCGUUCAACGGCGGUGUGUUUGUCGCCAUCGUUGUCGGACUUGCUAUCGGGUAUUUGUUGUUUAGGAGCGGCGAUGAUGAGCAAGUCGUGGUUGUUGAUAAUCCAUGCGCGUGUGCUUGA